AUGCCAUCUGAGGUGUUUUCGGAUUCUCUUAAACACUUGAUGGGAAAAUGUUUUGGUCCGAUCACAGAGAUUAAUGUCAACUUCCAACCGCAUGAACUGACGACUCCACAGCCAAGAACAUAUGAUCUUCAGUCUGAAAUAAAUUCAAACUUUAACAAAAUCCAAAGAAUCAUCCCAAAUGUUACAUUCACAUUCUUUCAUGGAAGCACAAGUGCAAAAAACAGUAAGGUGUCCAUAGUCAACAGGAGGAAGCGUUACUGUCCUGGAGAAGACCUUGUGGUACAGGUUGAUAUGUACGAUCACCUGGGUAACAGGAAAACCUAUGGAGGAGACUUCAUAAGGUCACGACUCUUUUCUCCUAAACUUGGAGCUGCUGUGUCUGGUAGGGUUGAAGACUUUCAUAAUGGAUCCUACCAUGUCUACUUUCCAUUGCGCUGGGUUAGCAGGGGUGAAACCAAGGUGUCCAUUCGACUGUGGCAUCCCAGUGAAGGCACUGCAGUCCUCUGGAGGGCACGACAUGCCAGUCUAGGGGUACUUGGUUUCAAUGGAAGAUAUAAAUACCUUGGCAAGGAGGCUAUCACUAAUUGUCACUUUCAAUUGAACACAGCCGAAGAGGUUUGCGAGUACAAAGACAAGUUCUAUGAAGAGGCCUUCUACUGUAUUAAACCAAAGGACAUUCCCUGCGAAUGUUUGAAUGAAAUGAGAGCUGUGGAUCUUCACGAGUCCCACCUUACCGAGGAGGAGAAGCCACUAUUUAAACGAUCCAAUGUUGGUGUGGAAAUGGCCCAAAGUUUGAAGACCAUAGUCAUUACAGAUUGUGGGGAUCAUUCGUCAAUAUCGAAAACAAAAUGUCAGACGGGGAUGAGCUCUCCUGUCCCCAGUGGACACUUCUACAACUACACCUGGCAUCCGGCUUAUUGUGACAUGACCGUCUAUAAAACAAAGGAAGACUUCACCAAAUGUCUAAAGGGGAAGAAGCUCUUCUUGAUCGGAGACUCCACGUUACGUCAGUACAUCAUGCACUUCACCGAGGGAAUCAAGAUUGUGAAUUAUCUCCAGUAUCAUGAAGGUGGAUGGAAGUUCUGGGAUAAAACACUUGAAGCUUUGAACAUGGAUAAAGACAUUUAUGUGUCCUACAAGAGGCACGGCUUUCCACUCGAGAACUUCAUGUUCUAUAACUUCAAAGAGGACAUGUACACGAGUCGUCAGAUCGAUCUACGCGGUGGGGGGAAGGACACCAUCUUUGUUAUUACUAUGGGACAACAUUUUAGACAGUUUCCACUAACACUCUACAUCAGACGAGCUAUCAACAUCCGCAGAGCGGUGGAACGUCUCUUCAUGCGGAGUCCAGAUACCAAAGUCAUCAUCAAGACAGAAAACACCAGAGAGUUCUAUGCUCCUCCAGAGAGAAUUGGUGACUUCCAUGGUUAUACCCAAUAUCUGGUGCUAAGAGAAGUCUUUCAAGGGAUGAAUGUUGGCUUUGUAGAUGCUUGGGACAUGACGGUGGCCUCCUCUACGGAGUCUGUUCAUCCGUUUGGAUACACAUUCGACAGUAUAAUGAGCAUGACGUUCUCCUUUGUGUGUUAAGAAUUUUAUUUUAUUUUUUUACUGAGACUAGUAAAAGAUAUGAUACUAUUUAAAACUAGUCACCCUAAAACUGAGCACACCAUCUAUAUAUGAUCUGAUGAAGGUCAGGUAGACAAAAAACACCAUGAAUCUGAUCUUCAAGAACUAUAAUAAAAAUAAAAAAACUUUAAAACGAAGGGUUGGGAGCCUACUCCCCACACCUUGGAAUGCAACCAGAGCAUGAUGUUCUCCAUUGUGAAGACAAUGGGUAAGAAAAUCAGCAGCAGGAAAUCUGCCCGCAAAAUACGCACAAGUGGAUGUGCCCUAAGGGUUCAUUCACACACACCAGAUCUGCUACAGAUUUAUGUUGUCAAAUCCACAGUUUCGGAUGUGCAACUGCAGAUUCUUCAAGGUAAUUCUUAUGUAUUCUUGCCUAAAAUUGGCAACUAAGAAUAUUACAACUUCAAAUACGCAGCAGAUCCGGUGUGUUUGAAUGCACCCGAAAAGUUUUUUCGGUUUACUCCAACAGUCAAGCAUACACUGAGGUCUACAGUGUGCAGAGGAUUUCCGGGACUGGGUAUGUGAUGCCACACUAAGACCCCUCCAUUCAUGUCUAGCAAUUCAUGCACCCGCAAUCAGACAUCUUAUCCCCUAUCCUUUGCAUACGGGAUAAAAUGUUUUUGCCCGGAAUACCCCUUUAAAUUCCAAUUGUUCCAAUCGGAAACGCCGUUUCUGCCCACUACUAAGUAACUGCAUAUUGCUGGGCUUUGUAACGGACUGUUAUACAGAGAAGCUCUUGCCGUUUUCUCUCCUUCUUCAGGGAGCCCCCCUGAAGAAGGAGCAAAAUGGCAUUCGGAGUCAAGGAUUAGCACCAAUAUAUCAUGGGUGAGUGAGUGUCUUACUAUGGGCAAUAUACUUGUAGGGAGGAUUUUGGCAAUGUUUACAAUAAUGGCCCCAGUGCUCUCUUAGUCCUACUUUGGAUAUACUGUAUAAUUUGUUGAGACUGGUGCAUAUUUACUGUCAACUUUCCUGUACGGAUAGAAUAUUGUAUUUUGCACAAUAUAUAUGGUCUUGUGAUUUUUCCUGUGAUAUAUUUAAUUUAUAUAUAUUUGUAUAUACUUUUGAUACCUAUGGUGUGAAUCUGGUUUAUUGAUCUGAGCUAU